AUGCAUCUCCUGGAGUUUCCACUGGAGAUUUUUCACAUGAUUCUUGCUCACACAAUUGUCCAGGGCUAUGCGGAAAACUUCACACAACUCCAACUCGUCAACAAAACUUUUGCGCGCGAAGCCCGAAAUGUUGUGCUAUCUCACCGGCUGUUCCAAAGGGUUGGACAGUGGGACCCCUUCGUUUUCGAAUACCUCUGCUACAGGGCACUGGCUCCUGACGCUUGCCAUUACUAUGCUAUUCGGGUUGUCAGACAGAGCACAGCCUGGAUAUGCGCACAGGACCCAGUAAAGUACAGGGAGCGAGAUACAUGCUACGCCCUAUCUCGCUCCGCCGCACUCUACUGCAGUGAGUUACUACAUAAGGCUCUCACCAACAGCACCCACAACUGCACAGUGGCUCAAAAGCGAGACGGGCUGCACCAAAGCAGCGACUCCCCUCAACAUCGUCUCUGUGCCGCGGCCUGCAUUGGCGACGUGGGCUUGAUACAGUCGCUUCUGCUGAAUGGAGCCGAUGUAAAUGCGAAGAGCGACAUUUUUGGAUCUCCCCUGCUCAACGCCGCCCGCGGAGGACACGCAACCAUUGUCGGAUUCCUUCUCGAGAAUGGGGCUGAUCCGGAAUGCGAUACAGUGCGAUGGACAACGGAGAGCGAGAGAAAUGAUGUGCAGAGGUUUAUUUUCCGUCGCAUGAACAAAGAACCAUGGACCCCCCUGGGAGCAGCAGCCUUUGCAGGCCAUGGCGCAAUUGUCAAACUUCUUCUGGAGCCGCGAUACUCCCUGUCGAGAUCCAGUUGCAGCUUCUUUCACGCCAUCAUACAUACUAGUCGAGGAGGACAUGUCGACUUCCUGCGCAUGCUUAUCGCCAGCGCUGACUUCGACACGAUCCCUGAGAAGGUGAAAACAAGAGUGCUGGACAGCGCACUCAAGGAAAGCGCAAGUGGGGGGCAUCUACAGAACAUACAACUAUUACUUGAGUGCGGCGCACCAGUCGACCUAUCCAUCCCUGAAGAACAGGAGCACACUGCUCUGUGGUACGCUGCCUUUCAUGGCCGUAAUGAAGCCAUUGAGCUUCUCCUAGACAGAGGAGCCGAUAUAAACGAGGGAUCAACGUGGCCAGAUGCACCGCUGGUGAUCGCGGGCCGAGUGGGAUUCCCCCGAACAGUGGCACUACUUCUUGACCGAGGCGCACAGGUCCGUCAUGGGCGCGUGUACGCCUUGGGCCAAAUCGACAUCAUUUCGCCAUUUUGUGUGAUCAAGGUGCUACUUGACAAGGAAGUCCAUAAAAGAGACGCGGGAGGCGCCAUGCAAUUGCUUGAGGAUGCGCACAGUGCGAACCGACAAGAUCUUAUCGACUUGUUUCAUGAGUAUGGUGUUAUUUUAAGUACAUAA